UUGCAUGCCUUCUCAUAGGACAGAGGCACCAGGAAAAAUAAGAAACACUGAGGGCUGCUGGAUUAUUAAUGAAAAGACCUUUUUAACAAUUUCAUCACCAACUCCAGCACCAGCACUAUGCUUUAAAAAAUAAAAGAACACUGCCUUUUGUUCUGAAGACAAGACAGAGAGGUAAAGGUUGUCAGAAGCGUAAAAAGCAGUGGUGAUGAGGGUUGGCUGACUCUCUUAUUUAUGAGCACUGGGUCUGCAAGGCAAAAAAAUUUAAGUAGACGGGAUACUUCAGGCUAAAAGCCUUCAUCUCCUUUGUUCCUCCAGCAACAUGGUUUCUGUCUCGUGCUCCAAAGCCGCCUGCUAUCUAUUGGAGGAACUGUCAGAUGAUUCAAUGAUGCAGUAAAUUUUCAGACAGCUGCCCUCUGUUGAUGAAAUCAGACUUAUAAAUGCUAAAGGAAGCUCAUCAGCCUAGCAGUUUAAGUUGCCUUUAAAGAAGCCGAAGAUAGUUUUUUCUCAGUUAAUUUGUUGGGUUCUCUUUCCCCGGGUCUGUUGUUCUCUCUCUCUCAGUUAUGGAGUCUUCCCCACUCAUUAUGGAGGCAGAAGAAUGUAGCAGCAGUGAGUCUGGUUGGACCAUGUACCUUGCAUCCCCCAUGCAUGAUGGUGGAGAUGGUGAUAUUGAAGUCCAAGCUAAUGAUGAGGAAGCGGAUGAUGCGAAUGAUCACAAUAGCAACGAAAGUGAUGAUGGCAGUGAAGGUGAGGAUAAUGAUUCUAUGGCUUCAGAUGCUUCUAGUGGACCGAUUCAGCACAAGCAUGGUGAUGCCAAAUGUGAUCAAAGUAGCUUAACGUAUCAUCUCGAUCAUGAUGAUGACGAGCAUGGGCUUGAAGAAGAUGAGAGCAACCAAUACUACUUGUCAUACUCAUGCAAGAAGUUUUGUGAGUUGAACAAAAUGAGAAGUGGAAGAAGGGUUGGUGUUUCUGAGAAAGAAGAUAGUGCUACUUCUCUUUUCAAUACCAGCUCGAAGGUGAGGAAGGCAUCUGGAAAAUAAUAGAAUGAAUGUUUCUUUAUGUUUCUGCUAUGGGAAAAAGACCUUUCUGUAUGCUUUCAGAUGAAGGAGUUGGCCUUCAAUAGAAUUGUCAAAUAGUUUUCUGAGGUAUGCUACCUGCAAAAUAGAUAGAUAGACGGGCAAUAUCUUGUUUUUAGGAUCAAUCAAAAAACAUGACGUAUCCAAGUCUUGUAACCCAAGUUUGAAGCUUGUUCAUUUUAAUGGUACCAACAUAUAUAUA